AUGCUGUCAGGACUACAGAAGAAGAAUUAAGGAAGUCAGAAACCAAAACAAUCCAGGGAAGGUUACUCCUUUACUGAUGCAAGAAGAUUAUUGGAAUAUUAAAUAGGAAAUAUAGAUAUUAUAUGCAUUAUGGGCCAGCUCAUGUCAUCAGAGGAGGAGCUUGCUGAACUGAAGGAGACAGUUGGCUUUGUUAUCUAUGAUGCCAUGGUGGAGCAGGGAGCAGUUCCUGACCUCUCAGUGGUUCAUCCUUUGCUCCUAGCCAAUCAAAACGAGGAAUAUGUCUUCCAAGAGCACCUGCUAGAGAUUCAGAGGGACCUGGGCAAACGGGCGCCAACCUACCUGAGGGAUUUGAUUGGCCGACUGUCAGCCUUCUCUGAUGAGCCACGCCUGGCUGGCCUGGUGGGCUUAGUGGUCACUAUGGUGAUGGAUGUAGCCUACACGUCAUCGAACCAGUCACCGGGGGUUACAGGGAGGCCAGCAGGUUCUUCGUCAUGUCAGAGAGUCUGGGAGCUUCAGGAGGUUAUGGAGGAGUACCUGAAGCGGUGUAAAAUCAGCCUAAGCGAUAAAAGAAGGUUGAUUGAGGACUCAGUCCGGCUUGAGACCCAGUUAAGCCUGAUCCUCACUCAGCUGAAGACAUGUUUACUUGGGGGGGGCUGUGACUCCAGAUCCCUCCGACACUGGGCCUGCGGAGCUGCAUUUCACACCCAAAUGUUGGUUCAUCUCGCUUGUUUUGAGGAUAAACCUGAACCUUUAUCUGCAAGGGCAGCACUGGAUCAAUACAGGGGAGAUUUCAAACAGAUCAGAGCUGCCUACAGGUGUUAUAAGUCUACUACAGUCUGCGUUUUGAAAUGCAGAGGUUUCGUAGGAAAUUCUGACCCGUCCCAAGAUGUGCCAGAGGAGGGUGCUAUGACAGGUCUCACUGUGACUGACAGAGAGUCAGGAAAGAGCGUGACCAUCCCCCUGUCUGUCAUGGAGGCAGAGAUAGGUCGAAGGAAGUCCUCCCAAGUUAACCUUGACCUCAUCACCUCAGAAUACUACUCUGAGGCAUACCUGGACCACCUUUUCUCUGAUAGCGGACCUGUGGCAGAGCUGGAGAACUACUUUAUAGAUGCUAGUGAGAGACUAGCGACACACAGAACUGAUCUGCACAGUAAAAAGACAGGGGAGAGAAAAGCAGUACAUGCAAAAGAAGAUGGGAAUCUUUUAUGCAAUUCAGAAAGAAUAUCUGAACAACAAGGAGUGGGCGGAGCAGAAAUGAAAACGAAAAAUGAAAAGCCAACAGAAAGCAGUGAACAAGACGUAAGUUUGAAACUGAGUAUUGUUGAAACAGAGCCAGAGCAAAGCCUCAUUCACACAAGACAGGAUUCAGCAAAUGGAAAAAGCUGAAGUGGUCGGCCCUUUACUGAAGGAAACUGAUAAGUCGCACUCAAGCAGUUGAAAAUAUGACCUCUAUAGCUUGUAAUUCACUCAGAAAUAUGAUUUUUAUUGAUUUGUUAGCAGAACAGCAAACCUGAGCGCCCUCUGGGGCUGCAAAAAUCAAUUGGUAUGUGCUAGAAAAUACAGUUUCUUAAACAACUAGAGGCUGUUGGGAAUUUAUUUUUUUUUGCUAAUGGUUUGAAAUGUCUUUAGUUUCCUAUUGAAACCCAACAGUAAGUUCUUUAUUUUUACAUCAGGGUUUCAGAAGAUGUUCUCUGUUCCUCUGCCUCAUUGGUUCUCUCUUCUUACUAAGAUCCUCUACAGGUUUGAUUGAAACCAGUUCGUCAGCCAAUCAAGUGCAGUUAUACCAGAGACAUUAAAGCAAUAAUCCCUGCUAGAAAUCAUUGGACUUUUGGAAACUUGCAUUCUGUGCCUCUUCUGCUAGAAACAGAUGUUGAUUUCUGAAUGAAAUGCAUCAUUUAAGGUAUAUUUUCUCCUUAACCCAGGUGAGUGUCUGGGAGGAAUGAAAGAACUGUAGAUUAUUUGACAUUAACAACAGUCCUAGGCUCUCUCUGAGUCCAUUUCCCUCAAACCCAGGAUGGGCUCUUCUUCAUAAUGCUCUCUAGCCUCUGGGAUUUCCUGUUAUUUGUGCUUCUAUUAUGUCAGACAUUUUCCUUCCACUUAACUUUGCAUUGAAAUGCUCAAAAAUACUAUUUAGUGGAUAUCUAGAUAAGUUAAAUAGUGCAGGCUCCCCCAUAAUUGUGGAUACCAUUUGUUGAUCUUUGAAAAUGUUGUACUAUUUAUUGUGAGGAGGAUCCUUUAUCCACCCAUCUUACCAUUAAAGCUGAAUAAAAAUAAAGCUGAACUGUGUACAUGUGUAAGUUAUAUUGUUUAUGUUGAAUAAAUGGGUAAUAUUGGAGUAAUAUUUUAUUUAAUUUGCUUUUCUGCAAUAAAAUAAACAUAAUCCAUUGGAUAUAUGAAACUAAAUGUGCUCCGGAGUUCUUCCUUUAAGUAUGUAAGUAGUUGAAUGAA